UCCUACUGGGAGUUCGAAUGGGCUGCUGACUGGGCUGAUCUAAGCCCGCGGGUCCUUACCGAAUUUGACCAAUUCAAUAAUGAGGGCGAAUCAUUCUACACGAACAAAAUCGGCUUCAAAGCUAUACUGGACUACCUUCGCGAACCUCUUUCCCCCCAAAUGCUCCACUUCAACACUACUAUAACAAACAUCGAGCAUUCUUCCAACGGAGUUAUUCUGACAACCUCAAAUGGGAAGAUUGCCAAAAGAUACGACUACGUGAUUGUAACUUCUUCGCUGGGUCAUCUGAAGAAAUAUCAUCGCUUCGGUGGGUCUUGCAAGAUUUUCUUGCGCUGGGACAAACCAUGGUGGAACAAAAACAGUUCUUCGAUUGCACCGUUACCUGUCGAAGGAAUGGCCAGAGAUGUUCUUGACCCAUUCGAGCGAGAACUCACAACACUGCAGGCUAUGGACUGGGAUCCAAAUACCUUGAUUGCAUGGGUAGCUGGAGCUGGACACCCCGUAGUGGACAACAUGAGCGAUGAAGAAUUCAGCUAUAGACUUACAAAGCUUAUCAGAGACAUGAAAAACGAUCAAAGCAUAGCACCACCAAGCGAGAUCGUCAGAACAAAACUAACCAAGAACGAACUACUGCUAGGAUCUUACUCUUACAUGAGUUUAGCACAGGCAAAGGCUAAAAUCUCACAUUCUCGUCUUUCGAUCCCAGUAAGGCACAAGAAGAGACCAGUGGUGCUAUUUGCCGGAGAAGCAACACAUCAUAGGUGGGACUAAUU